AUGAAGUUCCUUCAAGCGCAAAUGGCUCAUAAAAGGCCAGCACCGGCUCCGUCCUCCUCUAAACACUUUGUUAAUCCUGUUAUUGAUCUCUCUGCUAGGAAUAAAACUAAUAUGAAUCUGAAGCGGCUUCAGCCCAUCAAAGCUGUUCCCAUUUCAGACGCUACCCCUCUUUCGUUCUUACCGAAAUCAGCGUUAGAUGAUAGUGUAUUGUUGUUCGGUGAAGUAGUUGUGAAAAAUGAGUAUCAACCGGACCUCCCUAACGAUUAUUUAACUCAGAAAAAAAAGAAAGAGGAACGAGAACAGAAAGAACGGGUAGCGAAAGAAAUAGCUGAGAGGCUAGCCAAAGAACACAAAGAAGAAGCCAAAAAAAGAGAAAAAGGAGCAGCUAUUGCUCCUCCAACAGCCUUGUUGGAAACUUCUUCUGUCGAAUCUUCUUCGCCUCCUCAUUCAUUCACGAAUCCAGCAACUAUUUUGGCACCUUUUGGUAAAGGAACCUCAAGAGGGUUAGGAGUUGCCGCCAACAUUAUGAGUAAAUACGGGUAUAAAGAAGGUUCUGGAUUAGGAAAAGAUGAGCAAGGAAUAAACACAGCACUGCAGAUUGAAAAAGUUGGUAGAUCCACUGGUGUGAUAGUUAACGAAUCAAAUAAAUCAGACGAAGGAUCUCAAAGUACUUCUACUAUGCCGACAUUGCCUUCCCGAGCAACUAACAAUGCCGCAGUUAUGAGUAAUGCUAGUAAAGUUUUAUUAUUAAAGAAUGUCGUUUCAACUUCAGAAGUAGACAAAGAUUUAGAAGUUGAAAUACAAGGAGAGUUGAGCAAAUAUGGACAAAUACAAUCAGUUUAUGUGCAUACAAUGGAAAAAUUGGCUGAUGAUGAGGCUGUUCGAAUAUUCGUUGAAUUUACUAAUGUAGCCCAAGCUAUAAAAGCAUUUGUUGUGAUGAACGGGAGGUUUUUCGGUGGUAGACAAGUUGUUGCAUCGUUUUAUAAUCAUGACAACUAUGUUAAUAAGGAUUAUGAGAAAGUUUCUUGA